UUAUUUCUUUAGUUUAUCAUUACUACAUAUUGCUUAACGUUGUCAAAAAAGUUUCACAAUGAUUUCUUCGGUUUUGUCUGUGUACAAGGCUACUAGAAGACUUCAACUUUUAUCUGGAAGCUGCAAUGUCAACCGUAUUAAAGAUAUUAGGAAGAGUCAUGUAGUUUCAUACAGAACCGUCCCACAGAAGCAAUCCAAAAUUACUACGGUAGGAGCCGAAAUUGUUGGAGCUGCAAUGUGGUGGUGGAUAUUGUGGCAUCUGUGGCAUGAGUCCGGUCAUAUUACUGGAGAGUUUGACUAUCCUGAUACUUCUGCAUGGACUAAUUCUGAGCUGGGCAUACCAUCAACAAGAGAUCAGUAAGGGACAACUUUCCUUCUUCAACAUUUAGUGUGCAAAAAAAUUAAAAGUGUGGAAAGCCGAAUAAAAAUAAAUUGAAUUAUUUUAAAUAGCAUUUUUUAAUCUCUUUAUGGAUAGUAAGUUUGUUUCUUAAUAUUUAACGGAAUUAACUCUUACAAAUUCUUAAUGACUAGCGUUCGGUGUGGCGGUUGACAUUUCCCACCGAGCGGAGCUAUUAUUAUGUUACAUCCAAAGUUAAAUAGUAAACUAUCUUACAGUUAA